GCUCUCCGAAAGAUUUCGGUAUUUGGUUUUUAGAUUUUAUUGCGAGUGCGAUCGAAUUGAAGCACAUCACACAAACAACUUCGGUGAACUUCAAAUAAUUGUGUGCCUAUAUAUUUGAAUUAUAAUUCGAGCGAAAGUGGUUACGUAGUUUUAUCAUCAUACAUAAAAUUAAGUUGAAGGUGGUUAUGAACAAUUUGUGUAAUCAAACUUUGAAGGAUGAUGUGAAAAGAAGUGCAUAUGACACCUCAGCAGAUUUUUCUGGUGCUAUUUUAGAAAGUUUGGAUGGUCAGUACUUCAUUACUGAUGUGUGUGCAAAUUUAACGAAUAAAAAAUUUGCCCGAGAUGUUGACUGUGUUAUUCAAAGAGCCCAAAAUGCUGGUGUCAAGAAAAUCAUUGUGUCAGGAACUAAUAUACAAACUAGCAAAGAAGCUCUUCGCUUGACCAGGUUGUUCCCAGAUUAUAUUUAUUGUGCAGCAGGAGUUCAUCCAAAUGAUGCAAAAACGUGGGAUGAUGAUGUUGAAGUUGCUUUACGAGAAAUUAUUUCAAAUCCAGAAUGCAAAGCUAUUGGUCAAUGCGGAUUAGACUUUGCAAAAAGUAUAUCAGAGCCACAUGAACAAAAAGAUGUACUAAAGAAACAGGUGCAAUUGGCAGUUGAAUUAAAGAAGCCAAUCCUCAUUUGUGAAAAAGAUGCCCACAGUGAUUUAGUUGAACUCCUGAAAAGUAAUGUGCCUUGCCUGCCAGAAAUUGUGAUACAUUCAUUUAGCGGAAAAAUUGAAGAGUUGCAAACAUAUCUUUCCUUAGGUUGUUACAUAGGAUUAAAUGGUUCAAUUUGGAAAGAUAAAUCAGAAGAUGGGUUGAAAAAGAUUUUAGAAGAUCGGUUAAUUCCCCUGGAUCAUUUACUUGUUGAAAGUGAUGCUCCAUUUAUGUAUCCAAAUACAAGAGCAAGCCAAAUACCUACUAAUAUCAAAGAAAAACUGACAGAAAAAUCUCUCAGUUUUUUGCAAAGAUACUGUACGUUUCAGAGAAACGAGCCUUGUUCUUUGCCAGUCUGCAUCGAAAUGAUUGCAGAAUAUUACAAAAUGAAACCAGAAGAGUUAGCCUUACAGACAACUUAUAGUGCUUUAAAACUUUUUGGCUUGGAUUAAAUACUUGUCCUUUAAAAAUCAA